UAUUUAGUUGUUUUUUUUCGAUCUGUAAACAAAAGUGUGGUUUUAUUUUGAAAGCCGUGGCCGGAAGUGUGUUGUUAUUAGUGUAAAUUGACGGUGUAGUAGCAGAAGCAGCAGAUGCAUUCAAUGACACAAGCUCAACACUGUCGGUGUCUUUGAUGUUCGUGUCUCCACAGCAGCCGCGGACCCACGCGAGUUUCUGAUCCGAGCUGAGGAUGCGGCUCCGGGCCUGGACCUCCUGCUCCCCCCGCUGCCUUCUCCUCCUCCUCCUCAUCAUCACCAUCACCGCGCUGACAUCACCGGUGUCCGCGGACGGAGACCUGCGGCCGUGCGCUGAGACAGAUUAUUAUUACCAGUACACUGAGUGUGACGGCACAGGAUCACGAUGGAGAGUCACCAUCCCUCACAGUCCGGGAUCCUGCUCAGGUCUGCCGCCUCCAACCAGAGGAACAGACUGCUCUUUCUCGUGUCCAGCGGGGAAGUUUUUAGAAAUGUCCUCUCAGCAGUGCACGUCCUGCGCCGCCGGCUCCUACUCUCUGGGCAGCGGCCUCCGCUUUGACCAGUGGGACGCCGUCCCGGCCGGAUUCACCAGCCUGGCCAGCUUCUUUGACGCUGGACCAAACGGAGAGGAGGUUCAGACGUGUAACAGCUCGUCGUGGACGCCGCAGGGCGUUUAUCUGGAGUCGAACCGCGACGAGUGCACGGUGUCUCUGGUUUACGCCGUUCACCUGGAGAAACAGGGCUCGGUCUCCUUCACCUACCAGUAUCCUGACAACAACAUCUUCUUUGAGUUCUAUGUCCAGAACGAACAGUGUCAGGAAAUGGCUCAGACCGACGACCAGAAGUGGAUUAAAAUCACCAGCAACGGAGAGUGGGACACACACACGGUGAGUCUGAAGUCAGGUACAAACAUCCUCUACUGGAGAACCACUGGAAUCCUGGUGGGAGGGAAAAUGGUGAAACCUGUGCUGCUGAAAAACAUCCAGAUCGAGGGUGUCGCCUACACGUCGGAGUGUUUUCCGUGUCGACCCGGCUGGUUUAGCUCCGCCCCCGGCUCCUCCUCCUGUCAGCCGUGUCCCAGCAACACUUACUCUGUUAAAGGAGCUUCCUCCUGCGCGCCGUGUCCUCAGCACUACUAUUCACGUGAAGGUUGGGCAGAAUGUAAAGUGAGGCCGCCGUGUUCAGAGACGGAUUAUUUCCAGAUUCACACGGCCUGUGACAGCGAAGGGAAGACGCAGGUGUUGUUCCGGUGGGUGGAGCCAAAGAUCUGCGUGGAGAACGUGACGGGAGCCGUGGAGCUUCCUGUGACGGGACAGAGAGAAGACUGUCCUCCCUGUAACCCUGGUUACUACAACAGCAACGACUCCACCUGUCUGCCCUGUCCACCGGGGACACACUCUGACGGGACAUACGUGUGUGUCCAGUGUCCUGCAGGGACAGAGCCCGUCUUAGGUUACGAGUAUAAAUGGUGGAACGUUCUUCCUGCGAACAUGAAGACGUCAUGUUUCAACGUGGGAAACUCCAAAUGUGACGAAAUGAACGGUUGGGAAGUAGCAGGUGAUCACGUUCGCAGCGGAGCAGGAAGUUCAGACAACGACUAUCUCAUCCUCAGUCUUCACGUGCCCGGCUUUAAAGUCCCCGCCUCUCUCUCAGGAAUGACGGGCGGCGAGUUCGGUCGCAUCACCUUCGUGUUCGAGACGAUCUGCUCGGCCGACUGCGAGCUCUACUUCAUGAUGGACGUGAACAGGAAGAGCACGACGGUGGUGGAGUCGUGGCAGGGCGGCAAACAGAAACAGUCGUACUCGCACAGCAUGACGAGGAACGCCUCGGUCACGUACACGUGGGCCUUUCAGAGGACCAACCGCGCAGCAGACUUGCGACGUCACGUCAGUGACGCGGUGAAGCUCUACUCCAUCAGCGUGACCAACGUGGUGGACGGCGUGGCGUCGGCGUGCCGCGCCUGCGCCCUGGUGCCCGAGAACUCGCGGCGUCCCAGCUCGUCGUGCGUCCCCUGCCCGCCGGGCUUCUACAUCGACAGAGACACCAACCGGUGCCAGGAGUGUCCGCGCAACACGCACCUGACGGGGCGGCACACGUACGGGGAGGACGCGUGCGUCGCGUGUGGACCCGCGAGCGUCAGCACCAAGGAACACUCUCGUUGCUACAGCGACUGCCUCUUCUCCCACACGGAGAACAACCGCACUCUGACCUUUGACCUCAGCGCUCUGAGCGCCGUGGUCUCGCUGACCAUCGGCCCCAGUUUCACGUCUAAAGGCACAAAAUACCUUCACCUGUUCAACAUCAGCCUCUGUGGACACGAGGGGAGGCGAGCGGCGAUCUGCACCGACAACGUCACCGACGUGUCCAGCAAAGACGAGCAGAGCGACGCGGCGCAGUUGGUCAGCGCGGUGGACAGCUUCAUCUGUCAGUCCACCAUCAUCCCGGCCGACGGACGCGGCUUCAGGGGAGCCAUCUCCUCGCAGUCCAUCAGCCUCGCCGACACGUUCAUCGGAGCGACGGCAGAGACGGUUCUGGACGGCAUGAACGCCAAACCCGACCUUUUCCCAGAAAACUCCAGGGACGUCCCUGACAUCAACUUCUUCUACAGGUCGUCGCAGGCGACAGCGUCAUGUGACCAGGGUCGUAGUUCAGUCAUCACUGUUCGCUGUGACCCAGAGAAAUCUGAGCGAGGAGACGUCUCUGUGCCCACCAUCUGUCCUGCAGGAACAUGUGAUGGAUGUACGUUCCACUUCCUGUGGGAGAGCGCCACCGCCUGUCCACGCUGCACCAAGGACGAUUAUCACCAGAUAGAGGGAGUGUGUAAGAGAGGAGUGCAGGAAACCCUGUACGUGUGGAACGAGCCAAAGCUGUGCACCAAGGGCGUGUCUUUGCCUCCCAGAAGCUCCGCCCCCUGCGAGGCCGUGGCCCUGUGGCUGAAGGUCGGCAUCGGAGGCGGAGCCUUUGUGGCGGCGCUGCUCGUGUCACUCACGUGUUAUUUCUGGAAGAAAAAUAAGAGGCUGGAGUACAAGUACUCUCGUCUGGUGAUGUCAGCCAACAAGGAGUGUGAGCUGCCGGCUGCAGACAGCUGUGGUCUUGCUGAGGGGGAGGAGCCUGAUGACGACGUGGUCUACGCCCAGAAACCGACACUGCUGGGGAAACUCCGAGCCAUCGCUAACAAACACGAGGGUGGAGAGAGCAGCGAGUCAGUGCAGCUGAACUCCUCCCACUCUGAUCGAUGGAUUUUAGGAUAAAACAGAAACCAGCAGACCGAGUAAAUAAUGGAGGAACAUUCAGUGCUCAUGUCACUGUCCAUCUCGUGUGUCCUUUGUCCCCCAUCACUCUGAUGGGCACAGAUACAGAUCCCAGCGGCGUUUACUUGGGAAUGGCUGCCUGCUUGGAUAUUUUGACACUGGCUUUUUGUAGAAUUACACAGGAAACAAUCUCCUGCUUCAAGGCCAUGGAUGCGCCAGGGCCACAGCUGAAAAAAUGCUUUCAUGUUUUUGUAUAUUUUGUAUUUUUAUUUGGUCAUUUCUGUUCAGAGUGAUGUAUUUAUAUCAAUGUUAUGAUGAUGAACCUUUAUUAAAUUCCUAUUUGGCUUUGGGA